AUGGUUUACGAUGCGUUUGAUCCACAAUUUAGAAUGCAUCCUAUUCAACAAAUAGAGGAGUCUCCAAAUAAAGAUGCUCAAGAAAUUUAUGGAUUCAACCCUUCUCCAAUAGACUUGUUUCGCACUACACAUCAACACAAGGAUGGCACAUUUGUGGAUAAGAAAUUAGAGCAUGUAGAUGGUGCAUAUGUGCGUGAAAUGGAAGAUAGGACGCAAAGAGCAUCUGAGCAAAAUCUUCCUCCGCCAAAUGAGCUAGAUGUGUGGCGUGACGUGGCUGGCGUUAAAAAGGAUAGAAUAUAUGGGUUGGGAUUGGAGUCCACUGUUAUCAAUAAACAAUAUCAUGGCUCAUGUUCUUCAUCAACUGAAUGGGUAAGAAGAUCAGAAUUUGAUCAAUUGAGAAACACUAUGGAGGAGACUCAAAGAAUGGUAAAACAAAUGAUGGAAGAAAUGAUGCAACAACCACCUAUGCAAACUCCAAAUCAAGAGGAGUUAGAAACUGAGGAGUCAGAGAGUGAGGAGGAUCUUGGUGGUUUUCCAUGAAAACUUUGUCAAGCUUUGUUUCUAUAUUUAAUGUAAUAGACUAUGUUUAAUGUAAAAGUAAUCUACUAGACUAGUUUAAGUAGGUCAUGGUAUACUUUUUGUAAUGAUUCAGUAAUGAAUUUA